GAGCGCCAACGACGCGGCCUGCCUGGUUUUCCUGAUCCAGGAGCUGCGCAAGCUCCACCGCACGGUGGGGGGCGAGCGGUACGGGGAGCUCCAGCGGGACCUCCUGCAGCGCGUGGUGGAGUCCUGGAACCAGCUGCCGGGGGAGGCGCAGGCGGCCAUCCUGGACGAGGAGUUCGUGGACCUAUCGCCCGAGGCAGACGGCGGGGAGCUGCCCGAGACGGUGUUCGCGCUGCGGCCGUUCAGACUGCAGAGCGCGGGGCGUCUGUUCCGGCUCGGCGAGCUGGUGUCGCGCUCCGGCGACACGGACCCGUGCCUGAGCCUCAGAGGAGGGGAUGGUACAUUGAUGCCGCUGCUCGUCCUGGAGAGGCCUCGGCACCACGGCCGCAUUCUCCUCGAAACCCUGGUCAGGGCGCACCCCGGGAGAGGUC